CUGGAAGACUACACUCCGGGUAUAAUUUAAGCUCCCUCUCUACGGCAGCCGUUGAUGACCAAUAUUAACUGUCAAUCAAUGAAAAGGCGAAUGUUUAAUGCUAGCAGGUAAUGUUGUUAUUUUAUUAAAAUAUUAAACGGUUAACGGUUAAAAACGACGGUAACGGAGCUGCUGUCGGUAACGGGAGUGAACGACGGAGGUUUCACGGUUGUUAGUGUCGCUGGAAGCUGAAAGCUGAGUUACAUCUGUUUGUUUUUAGCUGCUAGCUCAGAGCUAACAGAGAGCUAACAGGCUAACAGAGAGCUAACAGGCUAACAGAGAGCUAACAGCUAACAGCUGACUGUAUCAGCUGGAGAUGGAGGAAGAGGAAGAGGAGCUGUUAGAUCCACAAGAAGUCGAGAGAGCCAGGACCUUCUGGGCCGAGGAGGACGUGGAUCAGGUCUUUAGUGGGGUCAUUGAGUACCUGGACUACCUGAAGAGAGUCCUGAAGAAGAACACAGCCACAGACAAAGAGUACGUUCAGGGCCUGAAGCUGCUGGAGUCUCUGAACUGUCCUCUGGUCUCCUCUCAGGACUCGUCCGUGGUCCAGGUGGUCAUCGGCGCAGUGUCUUCCUGUCCAGAUGAGGCGCUGUCCCCCCUCAGCUCCUCGUCCUCUAACGGGCCGUCCAGCUCGGCGGCGGUGGCGGCGGAGGCGGAGGCGGAGGCGCCUCCUUCAGGCCGCGAGGAGCUGCUGCCUCCGCUGACCCCGGUGCAGCUGCAGUACCAGCCCCACGCCUGCUGCAAGGCCUGCCUGCCCGGUUUACCCAGCAUGCCUCAGGGCAGCCCUGCGUUCUGGGGUCAGAACCCCCUGAAGGUGCCGCUGCUCUGCGGCUUUAAGAGGCUGAGCGCUGUUCCGCUGAUGAUGUCAUCCAGAGGUGGGGGCGGCGAGGAGGACAACGUGGAGGACGGCGCGGAGGAUGGCGUGGAGGACGGCGAGGAGGACUGGGACGUCGUCUACAAAGCCCCGUGUGGACAGAGUCUCCGUAACCAUGACGACGUGAUGCGUUUCCUGUUAGCCUCAGAGAGCUACGACCUGCUGCAGGUGGACUUCUUCACCUUCCACCCGUGCGUGCGGUUGGACCCUCCGGCGGCGGCGGGCCCCCGGCGGCCGGAGAUGGACCUGAGCCGCGGCGUGGAGCCCACGCCGGUGCAGCUGUGCGUCGGGGACGGCGGCGCCCGGCCCGCCGAAUUCCGCUACAGGAAGGAGCGCUGGCCGCACGGCUGCUUCCUGACCCGCGGGCCCACGCUGUUCCACGCCUGCUGCGACUGCACCGACGGCUGCAGCGACACGCAGCUCUGCGCCUGCGCCGCCAUGACGGGAGGAGGGCGCCGCUACGACCACCACCGGCUGACGGAGGCCGUCCCGUCAGGGGUGUACGAGUGCGGCCCGUGGUGCGGCUGCGUCCGUGCUCGCUGUCAGAACCGGCUGGUCCAGCGAGGGAUCACCGUCCGCCUCCAGGUCUUCCAGACCGACGGCCGCGGCUGGGGCGUCCGUUGCCGCGACGACCUGGACCGCGGCACGUUCGUGUGCACGUACGCAGGUGUGAUGCUGCGGCGAGGUCAGAGUCCCGCCGAGCCGCUGCCGCCGAAGCUGACCCGGGCCGACCUGCCGUCGGACGACGAGGUGGAGGUGGUCACCGAGUGGCUGCUGCCGCCGGUGCUGGAGGGGCGGAGCACCGUGCUGGAGCCGCCCACGUCAACGACCGCAGCCACGCCAACGACCGCAGCCACCUCGCCGCCGCUGCACGUCCCCGUCAUCCAGAGACCCGCCGACGCCAACGCCGCCGCCACGCCACCGGACAGAGACAAGACGGUGUUGGUCGGCGGUCCCGAGCCUCCGUCGUCUCCACCGGCUGAGUCAGGUGACCGGCCUCCGGCUCUGGAGAAGAAGGUUGCCGUGACGACGGACGGCCCCGAGGAGGCGGAGGCGGAGGCGGAGGCGGAGGCGGAGGCGGCGGCGCCGGCGUUGUUGGCGGUCCCCGGCGUGAACGGCGGCGAGAUGAAGAGCCACAAGAGUUUAAAGAGAGCGAUGGAGGCGGAGGACGUCUACUUCCUGGACGCCAGCAAGGAGGGAAACGUCAGCCGCUUCAUCAACCACAGCUGUCAGUCCAACCUGUUGAUCCAGAACGUCUUCACGGACUCCCACGACCCCGGCUUCCCCGUCGUGGCCUUCUUCACCAGCAGGGUUGUGAAGGCCGGCACUGAGCUCACCUGGAACUACUCCGCCGACUCACCCGGUAAACCGGAGGUACCCUGUCUCUGCCGUAGCAACGGUUGCCAGGGCCGCUUCACCAUCGAGGACAAGCUGUGUGGCGUGUGUGAGGUCAAAGGUCAAGGUGACGCUCACUAAACCGGCUUCACGCUAAACACAAAUACUUAUUUUUCUACUGUCGAAAACGUCUGGACACUUUUUAUUGUUUUUCUAAAUAAAAGAACUAAAUUGAA